AUGUCGGUGAAGAGCGUGGAAAAGAGGACGGGUCGUGAAGAGGGUGGGUAUAAAUAUAUACUUGUAGGGGGCGCUAUGGAUUAUGAUGAAUCUGACGGUGACGUCGGUCUGAAGUGGUCGGAUGUCCAGAGCCUUCCAGUGCCCCAGAUCGCGGAAAAGGCGGAUCAGAUAUUCGACGCGGCCAGACAGACGGUCAAUGAUGCAGUUGGUGUCGCCCAGGGCGUGGUCAACCAGGCCAUAGACGCGGCCAAGGGCACCGUCAUCGGUGACAUCGACACCGUCCAGGACGUCGCCAAAUUCGGCGUCCAAACCGGUCGGGGCAUCAUCGAGCUUGGCGAGGACUACGUCCUCCGGCUACUCAAUGCCUCGGGCAAUUAA